AUGUACUUUUAUAUAUUGGCUGGUAGCGCAGAAGAUAUUCUAAUAUUCAUUAUGGCAUAUGACCGAUAUGUUGCUAUAUGUGAUCCUCUACACUACCAAACUAUUUUAAACAGGAAACACUGCCUCUUGCUGGCAUCUGGCACUUGGAUGGUUGGAAUCUUGAACUCAUGCCUGUUUACAAUUCAAGCCUCACUUAUGUCCUUCUGUCAGUCUCGCAUCAUACACCAGUUUUUCUGUGAUCCAAAAGCUCUGAUUAACAUCGCCUGUGCUGGCCUUGAACAGUUUUAUAUUGUUGUCUUUCUGGAUUUUUUUAUAUUAGGAUUAUUCCCAGCAAUGUUCAGUUUCACAUCUUAUAUAAAAAUUAUCAGGAUCAUCUUGCAGAUAAAAUCUAAGGACAGCAGAAAGAAAGCCUUCUCCACCUGCUCAUCCCACCUCACUGUUGUUAUUAUGUACUAUAUGUCAGGUGUAUGUGCGUACAUGAUGCCAACAUCAGGAUCCUCUAAUGUUCUAGAACAGGUCUUUACAACAGUGGAUGCAGUUGUUACACCCAUGAUGAAUCCUCUCAUCUACAGUCUACGAAACAAAUAUUUGAAUUGUGCUUUGCUGAGACUACUGGGGAUAAAUUUAAAUGGAAAUAAAAUUAUCAAAUUAAAGUGA